AUGGCUUCUUCCGAUACCGAGUACAUGGACCUUUGGGUUCCGGGUACGGAGGCCAAAGGCUCCGCAAACCUGACCUGGGAGCAACUAGAUUUCAACCGCAAUUGCACGAAUUGGGGACAAUGGUUGGGUGCGAUGCUCCAACCCGACCCCUGGGAUCCGAAGUCACUUCGAGGAAUGAGUCUUCAGUUGUCUAUGACACUGUACGCAACAGCUAUGCCGAAGGGAUACGAAACAACCUACUCCGAGGUGUCAUUAUGGUUCGCGUACAACUUAUAUCAUACACCAUACCCAGAGAACUCGAGCGAUCCAACGUACUACCUUUGGAGUACACGAUUCAAUGAAACUGUUCUGUGGGGUCCCAAGGAGUAUUGUGAAGCCGAAUUCUGUAAGGCUGUCGGAUACACAGGAAGCCAAGAUCUUUGCGGCAUUGGGGUCGUGGUAUCUUAUUACCUCGAAGCCAUCCUAGCAACGAUGUACCUCGUCGCAUUCACGAUUCACCAAGUGCGUCGCCACUUCAAGAAGAACCUCUGGGAGAAGACGCGACCGAAGCAGAAGCAAAGACUGAGCGGUCGCAUUCUCGACUCGUUCCGCGGAUCGCUUGACAUGUUCCUCAGCGGCUCAAUGCUGAUCGCAGUAGCCAUGCUCGGAGCUUCCGUCUACUCGGCUGCAACAAACUUCAAGGAGAAUUUGGAGACCAACCCCGACCUCCCAUCAGCCGAUGCCCGUUACGAGCAAGCUUUGGCACUAAUUGCAUCCAACUACUCUGUCUUCCCGGUCAUGUUGCUCUACGCACUAGCCAAGCAUGACGGCCAUCGCAAGUGGCUCCAUCGAUCUGUGCUUGUCCUCCUCUGGGGCCUGAGCGUGACGGUUGUUUACCUGGCGCCAAGGGCGGAGAUAGACUACAAAGAAAGAAAGAGUGGACACAGAAACUUUGACUGCGAUCAGCGUGGCUCGCAGUACUGGCCCGUCGUCAAAGCUACGCAGUUCCUGGUCAUUGCGCUGCCGAUGAUAUGGCUCCUCCUGACGCUCUUUGUCACCACUGGGUUCAAGAUUCCCGGCAUGAUUGACAAGCCGUGGGUCAAGAGAUGGAGGUCUUGCUGGCGAAUGCUGGUCGCGUGGAUCAACUUACUGGUCAUGUGGGGGAUACUGGGCUACUUCACCCACUUCCGCCAGAAGAUCAUCGACGCGGCUGAUGGCAUUGACAAGAACGACAAGUGGACUUUUGGACAAGUUCUUUCCCUGGCAGCUUGGGUACCUGUCAUCGCCGAGUUGCUGUACAUAUUGACCUUCGGUCUUGAGGAGGGACUGUCAGGCCAUAUGCCUGCCGACUACCACGCGACGCAUGUCACGCAGCCUGACCAGAAUAUGGGAGUUCCCCUCCUUGACAGAAGCUCCAUAUACGAUAUGAAGCACGCCUCGACCAUGUCAGCAAUGUCUGUAUCGACGACAUUAUCUUCACCGACGACCCCUGGACAGGUACAAACACCCAUGUGGCAGCAGAACUCUGGGUACCAACAUAGUCCUGUGUAUCAGCCAGUAAAUAUGCAACAACCUCACGUUCAGCAUUAUCAGAGCUGGGACGGAUACUAUCACACGGGAUGGUAG